GUCAGUGUAAAACUGCCUUCUGUCCGUAACGUGUCGAACCAUAGUCAGUCGGGUAAACCAUUGUACAGUUUGAUCGGAAUCCUUCUUCAACCCAAAAGAGCUCUACAGAGAGAGAAAGCGCGCGACGACUUCUGUCUGAAAACUUCCUUCUUCCCGCGAAGAGCUACGCUAGAUACCUUUGAAAUCCUCCAUUCUGUUUCUGUACAGGAAAUUAAAUUUACCAGCGGAUGGAUAUCGCUCUCGUCGGCUCGAAAGGCCGUUAAAGGUAUUAUUCGUUAGCGUGGAAACAUAGCCCGUGCCCGAUGAGUAUUCGAUGGACGAGCAGCCAUAUGGUGAAGCCGAGGAGAUUUAUCGGAAAUACCAACAACAAAAUGAUCAAUAUACGGGAAUAUUUGUAGAUAUCUUAAAGAAAUAAUUUAAUGAUAAGAAACAUUGUUCCUCGUUUGUUCCUCGUAAGUUACGUACAAAAGUAGGUCCUGUACGAAACUUAUCAGGAAUCUAACGGAGAAUAUUCACAUUGUGAGGGCAUAGGAUGCGCCAUCGUGUGUUGUAAGAAGAAUUUAAAGAUUCAUCAACAGAUCGUAAAACAUUUUGUCAGGUCUCUACAAAUCAGGAGACGAGUUCUAGAUCCGGCGAGAGCGGAUCUAAAUGUGAUCGUAUUUGUGAUUGAUCGAUUUGUUUUCUUGCAUUUUAUCCAGAUUUAAAGAGAUUUUUUUACUUUUUUUAUUACGAUUUUAGAUACUAUCAUUUAUUUCACGGAGGAGAGGAAAUGCAAGCCAAAGUAUAUAAUCGAGAGUAUUAUCGGCAGUAUUUAUUACGUUCGCAACUCACGCGGUACAGAAGAAACUAAAGCAGACUUACAUAUUGCAAUCGAGAAGACACGUGGUCGGACAUUCUGUGGGAAAAACGAAUGGUGUUUUAGACUCGUAAAGUUCGAUCAAAAUUUUCGACUCUCAUGUGCCGUAUCAGGCAGAGUUUCAUCAUAAUGUUGAAUUUUACUGAUUCAGAUUAAGAGAGAAAAUAAAUAAAUCUAAAGGACAGCUACAUAAAAUAAAGGAUAUCAUCCUUUACAAUAAAGGACAUAUGGUUAAUGUAGUAAUGCGCUGUCAAAAUCGUCGACGUGAAAGUUGCAUCGAGGAGAUUCGCAAUCGCCUCGACACAAUAUUGCGCGGCGAUCUAAAUACUCCAACCAAUCGUUCGAUCCUAUCGAUUCACCCGUCGAGUUGAGAGUCGUUAAUUAAGAAUGCACAAUGACGCAGCGAAUUUAUCCGUUGUCCACGAACCCCCGCGAGGGGUCACCGGAUAUCCAAAUGGAGACGCUCAAAGAAAAUCACUCCCCCUACCAAAGAAGAAUCCUAUCGAGAUACACGCGACAAGACAAGGAGAGGGAUAAACACGAAGCCGAAUACAUGCUACAGGAAAAUGGCAAAGCAAUGGAAUUUAUGUCAUCGGAAACGAAGGAGGAGGAGGAGGAGGAUAAAGCUUCAGAGUCGUCUUCGCUAGUACCUGUGCCUUACUACAAACUGUUUCGUUUUGCGACGUGGGGCGAGUUGAUGCUGAUCCUCUUAGGCCUGAUACUGAGUUGCUUUACAAGCCUAAGUAUUCCAAUUGCCAUUAUUGAAUAUGGAGAAUUCAGCAAUAUGCUAUUGGAUCGUACUAGAACGAACGACACGACCACACCAACCGUCAUAUUACCAUUAUUUGGUGGUGGGAAGAUUUUAUAUGCUAAUGCAACUCACGAAGAGAGAAUGAACGCACUAUAUGACGAUUCGGUGGCCUUUGGCAUCUCUUGCGCAGUAACAUCAGCGGUUAUGUUCGUCCUUAGCAUGCUUAUGGUCGAUGUACUUAAUAUCGCUGCAUUGAGACAAAUUUCCAGAAUUCGCAAGAUAUUCCUGAAAGCCGUUCUCAGGCAGGACAUGUCGUGGUACGAUACGAACACAUCAACCAAUUUCGCAAGCAGAAUCAACGAAGAUUUGGAGAAAAUAAAAGACGGCAUAGGUGAAAAGCUUACUAUCAUCACGUAUUUGAUUACUUCGUUCGUCUCUUCUGUGAUCAUCUCGUUUGUAUACGGUUGGCUGCUGACGCUGGUCAUGUUAAGCUGUGCUCCCAUCAUAAUAAUCGCCACGGCUUUUGUCGCUAAGAUGCAGAGUUCUCUCUCGGCUAUGGAGCUGGCGGCCUAUGGUCAGGCUGGUAACGUCGCCGAGGAAGUUCUUGCUUCUAUCAGGACCGUGGUCGCCUUUAACGGCGAGAAGAAAGAAGUUAACAGAUACUCGGAGAAGCUUGCACCCGCGGAAAGAAAUGGCAUCAAGAGGGGCAUGUGGUCAGGAAUCGGUGGCGGCGUCAUGUGGCUGAUCAUUUAUCUCAGCUAUGCAUUGGCAUUCUGGUACGGGGUAAAAUUAAUUCUGGACGACCGCUCGAAUGAAGACAAAGAAUACACGCCAGCAGUAUUAGUGAUCGUGUUCUUCGGCGUUCUGAGCGGUGCACAAAACAUGGGCUUGACUUCGCCGCAUCUCGAGGCCUUCGCGAUGGCCAGAGGUUCGGCGGCUGCCGUUUUCAAUGUUAUCGAUCGGGUGCCAUCGAUCGACAGUCUCAGCACGGAGGGUCGACGGCUUGACUCCGUUAAUGGAGAAAUCGAAUUUAGAAACAUCGCGUUUCGCUACCCGGCAAGGAAAGAUGUCAAGGUGCUUCAAGCACUGAAUCUGAAAAUCAAUCGUGGCGAAACAGUGGCGCUCGUCGGCGAAUCAGGAUGUGGCAAAUCUACAUGUAUACAGCUAAUCCAAAGGCUCUAUGAUCCCAUUGAUGGACAGGUUCUGCUGGACGGGGUCGACGUGUCGACAUUGAACGUUCAAUGGCUACGCUCUCACAUCGGCGUAGUUGGUCAGGAACCGGUUCUCUUUGACACAACGAUACGCGAGAACAUCCGUUACGGAAAUGACAGUAUUACCGAAGAGGAGAUGAUCAAAGCCGCGAAGGAAGCGAACGCUCACGACUUCAUCUGUAAAUUGCCAGAGGGAUACGAUAGUCCAGUGGGCGAAAGAGGCUCUCAGAUGUCCGGUGGGCAAAAGCAAAGGAUUGCCAUUGCACGCGCGUUAGCGAGGAAUCCGGCGAUCCUUCUGCUGGACGAGGCGACGUCUGCUUUGGACGUUCACAGCGAGGCGAUUGUGCAGAGAGCUCUCGACGUGGCAGCGAAGGGAAGAACAACGAUUAUAGUCAGUCACAGACUUUCCACUAUCACGAACGUCGAUAGGAUCGUGUUUAUCAAGGAUGGGGUCGUCGUCGAGGAAGGAACCCACGACGAAUUAAUGGCGCUCAAAAAUCACUAUUACGGACUGCAUUCCGCUCACGCAGAUGCUGCAGCUAAAGAUAAGGUCUCGAAGGUCAAGACCAUUGUCUCAACUCCGAAGAUGAAGAUAAAACCGCCAUUAAAUCAACAAUUCUCAACAUUAUCCGCGCACUCUCAUCGACUCUCUCUCGCGAGAUCCUCGAAUGAGGAGGAAUUGGACGAGCAGGAGAAACCUUACGACGCGCCUAUGAUGAGAAUAUUUGGAUUAAACAAACCGGAAUGGCCAUUAAAUUUAAUCGGAUGUCUCGCGGCGGCGACAGUAGGCGCUUCCUUUCCAGCUUUUGCGAUUUUAUUCGGUGACAUUUACGGUGUAUUGAAUCUUCCCGAUGCCGAGGAAGUCAUGAAGGAGACCAUUUUCUUGUCGAUACUCUUCAUCGUCGUCGGCUUAAUUACAGGAAUUGGCACUUUUCUGCAGAUGCACAUGUUCGGUCUGGCUGGCGUGCGUAUGACGACGCGAAUAAGAAAGAUGACGUUCAGCGCGAUGUUGAAGCAGGAUAUGGGCUGGUACGACGAGGACAAGAACAGCGUAGGUGCGCUCUGUGCGAGGUUGUCAUCGGACGCGGCAGCUGUCCAAGGUGCGACCGGGACUCGCAUCGGCUCUAUGCUCCAGGCUUUCUCGACACUUGUGAUCGGGAUCAGCAUAUCCAUGUACUACAGCUGGAAGAUGACGCUGGUCUCAGUGGUGUCGAUCCCGCUGGUACUCGGAGCGGUAUUCUUCGAGGCGCGGGUCAUGGGCGGUCAAGGUAUGGAGGAGAAGAAGAAGAUGGAGUCAGCCACCCGAGUGGCCGUCGAGGCAAUAACAAACAUACGUACGGUUGCCAGUCUCAACAAGGAAGAAGUAUUUUUGAAAAGAUACUGUGUAGAACUAGAUCACGUCGCACGAGCGAUGAGAAUCAGAAACAGACUAAGAGGAUUGGUCUAUUCGUGUGGACAGACCAUACCGAUGUUUAGUUAUGCUAUUUCGCUUUAUUAUGGUGGCUACCUGGUGGCUAGGGAAGACUUAAGCUACGAAAAAGUCAUCAAGAUAUCCGAAGCACUCAUAUUCGGCUCGUGGAUGCUGGGACAGGCGCUCGCCUUCGCGCCAAACUUCAACACAGCUAAAAUUUCGGCCGGCAAAAUCUUCAAGCUACUCGACAGAGUUCCGGAGAUCACUUCGCCACCGGGAUCAGAAGGAAAGGAUUUAGAUUGGAAAGCGGACGGAUUGAUACAAUAUUCAAAGAUCAACUUCAAUUAUCCGACGCGGCCAGAAAUGCCAGUGCUCAAAGGGCUGGAUCUAAUCGUAAAGCCAGGACAGAUGGUGGCCCUCGUGGGCCAAAGUGGCUGCGGAAAGUCUACAUGCAUCCAAUUGUUACAACGACUCUAUGAUCCGAUUUCCGGCAUCCUGACAUUGGACCGGCGUGACAUCGCCUCGGUUUCGCUGUCCACGCUUAGAUCACAGCUUGGCGUUGUGGGGCAAGAACCAGUGCUCUUCGAUCGAACGAUUGCGGAAAAUAUAGCUUACGGCGACAACAGCCGACAAGCAUCCAUGGACGAGAUCAUCGAGGCAGCCAAAAUGUCCAACAUUCAUUCAUUUGUAGCUUCACUACCGUUGGGUUACGAUACGAGACUGGGAUCAAAAGGCACUCAGCUCAGUGGCGGCCAAAAACAACGAAUAGCAAUCGCACGUGCAUUAUUGAGAAACCCCCGAAUUUUGCUGUUAGAUGAAGCAACUUCAGCCCUCGAUACUCAAAGCGAGCAGGUCGUGCAGGCGGCCCUGGACAAGGCUAUGCAGGGCAGAACGUGUAUCACCAUAGCCCACCGUCUGGCCACUAUAAGGAACGCCGACGUGAUCUGCGUGCUCGAUCGGGGUACCGUGGCCGAGAUGGGCACCCACGACGACCUGAUGGCGUCCGGUGGUCUUUAUGCUCACUUGCACACUCUUCAGCAAACCUCUACCCAGCAGUAAAAGAGCGACUAAUCGUCGGAUUCCUAUGCCUUUUUCUUCUUCGUGCGCGAUUCGACCGGUGCAUCGAGCGUCUUGGAAGCGUGAGGAUCGACGGUUGAGCGUGUGAAAAGUAGAGAAAAGCCAAACUGUCCAAACACCGCAUAAAGACCGCAAAGCGGAACUCAAGUAGCAAUUGUCACCGCCGAAAGGCCACGAGAUGUCAAAGAUGCCCAAACGAUGGCCGUUCAAAGGAACAGAUUCGCUAGGACAGAAGAUAGGUU